GCCUCCCUCCCUCCAGGUCGGUCUGGUACUUCCUUGCAGCGUGGAAAUUGAUCGGUWGAAGUUAUGCAUUUGACCUGCAAGAGCCACGCUGCUGGUGCUUCGGGGAUCUUGUGAACUGGAACGGGAAAGGAGCCCGCCGGCAGGUGGAAUGGGGCAGCCAUGAACGGCGAUGCCCUGUGCCAGGAGCCCUCCUCCCCGCUCCCCGACUGGAGGGAGUUCUGCAAGCUGCACGCCCAGGCAGCCGCCGUGGACUUYGCCCAGAAGUUCUGCCAGUUCCUGAAGGAGAACCCCCACUACGACACCCCGGGGGCCGAGACCUCCUUCUCCCACCAUUUCACCGCCAACUUCCUGGACAUCUUCAGCCUGGAGGUCAGCCGGGUGUUCGUGUCYGACUCUCCCACCAAGUACAACAUCGUGCCCUUCGUGGGGCUGCAGAACUGCCACGUCCCCUACGGGCGGGAGGUCACCCCGAGGAAGGAGGAGACGUCCACGGAGUCCCUGGACAGCAUGGACGCCCCGCUGGGCGCCAGCCGCUACCUGACCCCGGCCCAGCAGGUGCAGGCUCGCAARGUCUCCUCCUACGGCCAGUCCCGCAGCUCCGAGGACGUCUCCAUCCACGCCACCACCAAGCCCAAGUUCAAGAAGGGCUUCUCCUUGAGGAACAUGAGCCUGUGCGUGGUGGACGGAAUGAAGGAGAUGUGGCACCGUAAAUCGUCUCCGGAGCCGGGCACCGAGGCGGCUCCGGGCGGCCGCAGGGCCGAGAGGGAGCCGUGGCCGGCUGGGGGCAAGGAGCCCGCUGACCCUCGGGAGAAAUGGACCCACAAGCUGCGCCUGUCCAAGGUGCCCUCRUCCAAGGUGGAGCUGGUGGACAUCCAGAGGGAGGGGACGCUGCGCUACAUGGUGGCCGAUGACACGAACUGUGUGGGGAGCUCGCAGUGGCAGAAGUGCCGCCUCCUGCUGCGGAAGGCGGUAAAAGUGGAAGGAGAAAGGUUCCUGCUGGAGUUUUAUGUCCCUCCGAAGGCUUCCAAACCCAAGGUGAGCAUCCCGCUGUCGGCCAUCAUCGAAGUGCGCACCACCAUGCCCCUGGAGAUGCCUGACAAGGACAACACCUUUGUCCUGAAGGUGGAGAAUGGGGCCGAGUACAUCCUGGAGACCAUCGACUCCCUGCAGAAGCACUCGUGGGUGGCCGAUAUCCAGGACUGCAUCGACCCCGGGGACAGUGGGGACGACAUCGAGCUGGUGUCCUGUGCACAGGGAGCCUGUCUGCCAGGCAGAACAACCUCCUCCAGCUGUGAAUUCCUGGCUGAUGAUGUGCCCAGGCCGCCAGACAGAUGUGCCCUGCCCAGUGCUCACAACCCCACCACGGCCACCUCUGUCCCUGUGCCCCACGGCCGGGGCAGGGACUCCCUGGGGGAGCUCCUCACCCAUGUCCCACUGGAGAGCUUCCUGCAGACACUGGAAUCCUCCCCCACUGCUGGUGGGCAUCUCACAGGGGAGGACAGCGAGGCCGAGGCAGAGAUCAACCUGUCCGACUUCCCCUGGUUCCACGGGACUCUGUCACGGAUCAAGGCGGCCCAGCUGGUGCUCUUCGGGGGCGCCCGGAGUCAUGGGCUGUUCGUCAUCCGGCAGAGUGAAACGCGGCCAGGGGAGUACGUGCUGACCUUCAACUUCCAGGGGAAAGCCAAGCACCUGCGCCUGUCGCUGAACGAGAGUGGGCAGUGCCACGUGCAGCACCUCUGGUUCCAGACCAUCUUUGACAUGCUGCGCCACUUCCACACGCAUCCCAUCCCGCUGGAGUCGGGCGGCGCGGCCGACAUCACCCUCCGCAGCUACGUGGUGGCCCAGAGCCCGCAGCCCGACACGGGCCCCCCRCCACCCCUCGUGCCGCAGCCACCGGGCUGCCGGGUGGACCUGCCACCUCCACACUACUUCUGCAGCACAGCACCCACGGGCCCGCCGGUGCCGCCGCCCGCUGAUGGGGCAGCCGUGGCCCCCGCUGUCCCGGUCCCCRCACCCUACCACCGCCUGGAGGGUGCCCUGGGCCCCCGCAGCCGCAGCGACAGCGCCGAGCGCCGGCCUGAGCCCCCUGCCGCCAGUGCCGAGGACUACCACGAGGCUGACAGUGCCCGGAGCCGGACCCGGGCGGUGGAAAACCAGUACUCCUUCUACUGAGCCCCCGUGCUGGGGGCUGGAUGGCGGRGGAGCGGGGCAGCCGUGCCCCUCACCGCUGCACCAGCCUCGCCACCUCCUCCUGCCACCACCAGCGACCCAGCCGGGACGUCCUCCUCGCUCCCUGCUGCUUUUGGGAGCUGUGCCAGCGGUGGGCAAUGUCCCAGCUGGACCUGGCACAGCCCCAAGGUUGGGGCGGUGCUGGGGGUGUGGGAGGCUGAAAGAGUCAGUGCCAUUUUAGAGCUUGCAGCCUCUUCUCCUUCCCUCCGGACCAAGAGCUCUCCCAGGGCCGAGCCGGGCUCCCUGCAUCUCCUCCUGGGUAUGACCAUCGUGGGAUGGCACCCGRAGCUGUGACAGGCUCCAUCCUCCAGCCAAAGCACCUUGGCAUGUCCCCUCUGGGGCGAGAGCCCAGCAUGGCCAACAUCCUUGUGGCACCAUCGCCCUGCAAAACAGCUGCUGAGGGACUCUGGCRUUUUGGGAUGCCCAUGGCAAUGUCAGCUCUCCAUGCAGACUCUUCUUGCACACAUGGAUGUGGGAGGGCACUGCUGCAGAAGUCUGAGGGUUUAUCCACACUGKCUUUUGGGGUCCCUCUGGGGCACGUGUUUCCUACCCUGUAACAGAAGAAGGUUUAUGUCCAAGGUUUAAUGAAUUGCAUUCAAGGAAGGGUUUUCCUGCUGUCCUGCCUUUUCUGUUCCUUUGUUUCCUUUCUCUUCUUGCUCUACCAACAGAGAAUCCCUGGAUAACCCUUUCUCCCWCCCUCUCUUCCUUGAUUUUUCAAAGCCUAUGCUCUCCACAAGGGCAUCAGCUCAGCCCUCUGCCUGCUCUCUGCCACAGCUGGGCAAUAUUUUCCAUUGCUCAAGGCAAACCUUGGAAAAUAUGACAACGCCCCCUCUAUGCAUCAGUUGUUGAUCAUUCAGAAUAUCUUGGUGGGGGGUCAGGCAGAGGCCAGGGGCUGUAUCCAGAGGUGAGGAACAGCUCUGCUUUGCAGGUGCUCAGCUGAGCUCCCAGGAAUGAAAACACUAUAUUGAUUCUUUUCCAAGAGAGGAGGGCUGGUGGGUCCCCUUCCUGCAGCAAAUGCCACCUUCUCCCCAAACACACGGCCCUUUGGAGGGCAGCGGGGGCAGUUUGCUCUACUGAGGAUAUUUCUCCUUCCUCAGCCCAGCUAAAACACAGCUCAGAGGAGCAGGGAGAGGCUGCAUGCUCUUGGUUGAUGGGUUUAACACGCACAGUGAAUGAGGGGAGUUCUCUGGAUCUGACACAGCCAUUGUCACUCUGGUUUCUCCCUGAGGUCCCAAGGGUGGGAUCCAGGGGGCUGGAUGGGAGCCCAGCCUUACAGACCUUCAGAUAUUGGCUAAUGUCUCACCUUCUGUGUCACAGGAUAGAAAAAGGAGGGGGAAGAAAUGAUCUGCAAGCAAAAAAAUGUUAAUUUGUAAAUAGGGAAGAGUCUGGAAGAGUUUACUGUUGUGUAGAAUAAAUUAAUUUUAUUUAAAAAAGAAAAGGGGAGGGGGGGGACUUGUUAAAUGGACAACUCAAGUUCCGGUUUUAAAAUAAAAUCACUUGCAAAAACAAGAGCAUGUGAGCAAGAGCUUGGGGCUUUGCUGAAUUUGCUA